AUGAUCCCACCAUUUCUAGUUCUGCUAGUCCUAAGUCUCGGAUUGGCCAGCAAAGCUCAGGUGAAUCUUCAUGAAACGAGCCAUUUCCUCUUUGCUACAGUAGGAGACAGCAUCACCUUAAACUGCUACUAUGAAGACAAGAACAAAGUGCUUGGUGCCAUGCGAUACUGGUACAAGGAAAGUUUGGGCACGAAACCAACACGCAUUUCUUCAUUCUCCGAAUAUUACCGGACCAAAGAUUUGCACGGAGAAGUCGAAACUAGCCAUCGUUUCACUCUGGAUACUGAACAUGAGAAUACUAAUAAUCUAAAUAUAAAAAAUGUCAAAAUGUCCGACUCAGCGGUUUACCUUUGCAUAAGUUGUUUUCUACACGACAUAGACAUCAUAAAAAGUGUCACUUUGAUUGUGAAGAGUUUGAGCCCAACAGCUGAGGUCCGUCAGUCUCCACAUGAAGACACAGAACCAGGACAUUCUGUGACUCUAAACUGUAACGUCCAGACUGAGAGCUGUGAAGGAGAGCACAGGGUUCACUGGUUCAAACAGUCUGAAGAGUCUGCCGUAGGAGUCCUUUACAGUAAUGGAUCCAGCAGUGAUCAGUGUGAGAGCAAUACAGACAGUCCAACAAAGUCCUGUGUCUACAAACUCCCCAUACACAAUGUGAGCUCAGAGCAGACUGGGACCUACUACUGCGCUGUGGCUGCCUGUGGACAAGUCCUGUUUGGGAAUGGGACCAGGAUCACAAUAAAAUGUGAUUUGACAUCUUUGAGUUUAAUCUACAUCUUGAGUGGAGCUUUGGUGUUCUCCUCUGUCCUGGUUCUGUUACUGGCUUCAGCCUUGUGUAUAUUGAAGAAGAAAUACUACAGCCUUUCCACAGAACUCAAACUGCAGUCUGGAACAUCUUCAAAUACUAAUGCAAGGGUUCAGGAGCAGGAAGUGAACUCCCUCCAUUACGCUGCUUUGAGCGUUCACCCUUCAUCCAGAAGACAGAGAGUCACAGCUCAGACUGACUGUGAAUACUCCAGUGUUCAACCACGCAACUGCAUGGACACAGCAGACCCCCUUAAUAUCAUGAGCCCCUGA